AUGGAUAAGAGUAGCCUUUCCAGUAACUGGAAGAAGCUACAGGCAACGCUCAAGAAGGAGAGCCCUUCAACCACCACAAAACGCAAAGCAUCGGACCGCGAUUCAGAGAACAGAAAGUCUACAGAUAAAUAUCAACCGUCUCGACAGGCGUCAACUACUUACAAGCGACAAAGGAUGAGCGACGGAACUCAAAAAUCCGGCGAUGGAGACUCCGCUCCCAUUUUGCGACGAAAGUCCAGUGCGGGAAUCUCUAAGCCAACACCGACCGAGUCCCGCAAUAAGGUUAAUGAAGGCCGUUCUCCAACUGCCGAACUCGGAAAAUAUAUCGCCAUGGAUUGUGAGAUGGUUGGUGUAGGACCAAACCCAGAUAACGACUCUGUCCUCGCACGUGUCAGUAUUGUCAACUUCAACGGAGACCAAGUCUACGAUUCAUAUGUACGCCCCAAGGAAAUGGUGACAGAUUGGAGAACCCACGUCAGUGGUAUUGCUCCGAAACAUAUGGUUGAAGCGCGGACCUUCGAGGAGGCACAGAAGGAAGUUGCCAAGGUAAUGGAAGGUCGGGUUCUCGUCGGUCACGCCGUGAGCAAUGAUCUAGACGCUUUGUUGCUUGGGCAUCCCAAGCGCGAUAUUCGAGACACUAGCAAGUAUCCCGAGUACCGGAAGAUUGCCGGUGGUGGAUCACCACGGUUGAAGAUGCUGGCAGAGCAUUUCCUUGGGUUGAAGAUCCAGGAAGGAGCGCAUUCAUCGGUGGAAGAUGCACGGGCAACUAUGGCUCUGUAUCGACGAGAGAAGGAUGGAUUUGAGCGGGAACACUUGAAGAAAUGGCCUGUUCGGGCUCCUGUGGAGGGCCAGGAUAAGGGAGACAAGAAGAAAAAGAAGAAGAAGAAGACUACUCGCAAGCGGUGA